AUGAACAUCAUUAUUCUCAGCCUCGCAUUCUCUGAUUUUAUGAUCGCCGCGUGCGGCUCUGCGAUCGUCACCGUCACAAAUUAUGAAGGAUCGUUCUUUUUAGAUGACUCGUUCUGUGUAUUUCAGGGUUUUGCUGUGAACUAUUUUGGUGUGGUGUCUCUAUGCACUAUCACAUUACUUGCAUACGAGCGAUACAAUGCUGUCUGCAAGCCCAUGGCGGGCUACAAGCUGAGUAUUUGUAGAAGCUGCAUGGGACUGCUGUUUGUCUGGCUUUAUUGCCUCUUCUGGACCGCCGUCCCACUGCUGGGCUGGAGCUCGUACGGGCCGAAGGGCAUCCUGACAUCCUGCUCCUUAAAUUGGGGGGAGAGGUCCUGGAAUAAUUACAGCUACCUCAUCUUCUACAUGCUUCUCUGCUUCAUCCUAUCCACAGUUAUCAUCAUAUUCCUUAUCUCCUUGAAGAAGAUCAACAAAAACAUCGAGCUUCAAGGUGGAAAGAACUGUGAGGACGACAAAGAACAUGCAUCCCGAAUGGUCUUGCUAUGAUCAUCGCCUUCUUCAUCUGCUGGGUGCCUUACACCGCCAUAUCCAACAAGCACAAGCAGCAAGAUAAAACCAGUCUAAU